UCAUAUUUUUACAUUGUAUACUUGGCUUGCAAGCUUUGUGUUUAAACAUUGUUUAUUCAUACAAUGAAUAUGAAGGAUACUUCUAUUUGAAUGGAUCGAAUAUGAAAUAAAAGCGUUCUAUAAAUAUUUAACUUUGUUAAUUAACAAUUAAUCAUGAGUUUUAAAAACCGGACACUUAUGACAAAGGUGUUCCCAAACAAAAUGUAUACGCUUGCUGUUCUGUUCAUACUUGUGCGAGUUAUCUGUACGCAGGAGUGUUCAAAAUGUCAGUGUUGUGCGGAUGGCGAACACACAAAAUGUUAUAAUGAAGGCUACUGUAAUAACGGAUGUAUAGACGGGCGUUAUGGAAACAAUUGUGAAUACAAAUGUACUUCUAAGAAUUGCCUAAGGUGUUAUCGAAACGAUGGUAAUUACUGUUCAAAAUGUACAUCCGGAUACUAUUUGAAAGACUAUGAUUGUUAUAACUGUGGACCACAAUGCCAAUCAUGCUCUUCAUACGGCUGCAACUCGUGUAAUGACGGCUACUGGGGAAACACUUGUGAUACGAAAUGUGCGCCAAACUGUUCUUCGUGUAUAAAAUCGAAUGGUAAGUGUCUGUCCUGUAAUUCCGGAUACUACGUUUAUAAUGGCAAAUGCACCGCUUGUGGUACGAACUGCGCAGUAUGUGGCUCAGGGGGGUGUACAUCGUGUCAUGACGGAUACUGGCGAAGUACAUGUGAUGAAAACUGUGCGCAAAACUGUGCAUUGUGUAGAAAAUCGGAUGGUUAUUGUCUGUCCUGUGGUUCUGGAUACUACCUUUAUAAUGACAAAUGUACCGCUUGUGGUAUAAACUGUGCAGUAUGUGGUUCAAUAGGGUGUACAUCGUGUCAUGACGGAUACUGGGGAAGUACAUGUGAUGAAAACUGUGCGCAAAACUGUUCUUCAUGUAGUAAAUCGAAUGGUAAUUGUCUGUACUGUGAUUCUGGACACUACUUGAACAAUACUUUUUGUUAUGCUUGUGGAACCGAUUGUUCUUACUGUGAUUCAACCGGUUGCCAAGCUUGUUAUAACGGAUAUUGGGGAAGUACAUGUGGUAGCAGUUGUGAUCAACGUUGUAGCGAAUCAAAAUGUGAACAGUCGAAUGGUUAUUGUUUGUCGUGUUCUCCAGGAUAUUGGGGAAAUAUGUGUGAAAUAUCCUGUGACUAUCACUGUUUAGCAUGCACUAAAAGGAACGGUAAAUGUUUAUCUUGUGAAAAUGGAUAUUGGGGACAUCCGUGCACUGAAUGUAGCAGAGACAUGUGCGUCAAUCAGUUGGAUUGCGAAUUAUGCACAAAUAUAUCAUUCUUUGCAGAUGGUGGUGUCUGCUGUUUAUGCAGUCUUGAUAAUUGUGUUUCCUGCGCUAAGGAUGUUGAUACUGUAAAUUGCAGGAUUUGCCAACAUGGAUAUUAUCCACAAAUUAAUGGAAAGUGUGAGCUUUGCAAUCCAUAUUGUUUUAAAAACGAGUGCGACUCGUCUUCAGGAAUAUGUCUGCAUGGAUGCAUCAACGGAUACUGGAACCAAACAUGUGACAAAGAGUGUAAACCAGAAUGUUCAUCUUGCAAUCAAGCAGAUGGAUCGUGUACACAAUGCAAGAACAACACACAAUAUGGACCUUCUUGUAUAAUGGAAUGCAGUACUACCUGUAAAAACUCCAUAUGUGAGAUUAAUGGGAAUUGUACGAAUGGAUGCAUUAAAAAUACGUUUGGAAAGCAAUGUGAAAACAAGUGUGAUGAUUCUUGUUCACCGAAGGACAACAGAACUAUUUGUUCUGAAAAGACAGGUAUUUGUUUAUACGGCUGCCAAAAUGGAUACAGUGAGACAUCUUGUCCUCAAGAGGCGGAAACAUCUUCAAGAGCAGUAGGUUUUGGCGGAGGAGCUGCAGCUCUUGCUGCCAUUGUGGUUGUUGGACUGAUUUUGCUUCGACAAAGGAAAGUCAAUUUGAGAAAUCAAAGCAAUACACCUGAAAAAGAACCUGUGAACGUUUCCGCAUUGUACGCAACGGUAAACAAAACAAGACCUUCCCAAGCAGAGUAUGCACAGGAAGAUACCGACAAUCUUCACUCUGUCACCAUAAUAGAAAACACCAGUCCACCACCGAGCGGCUCUGUCGAAAUUAAUACGCCAUUUUUGACUGAUUGCAAUCUUGAAAUUGAUUUUUCAGAUGACGAAGAUAUUUGUACAACUGAACUCACAGUUAUGUUUGAGGAAAAUGGAGGUGUUUAUUACAACAACGCAAGAGAAAUCAGCAAGUUCAAACUGAAUGUGGCUGAGUUACCUAAAUAUGUACAAAACAUAUAUAUAAAGGAUCUAGAAGAAGAAUUUCAGAAAGUACCGCACGGUCUCGUGAAACCUUAUGAAGUUUCACAAACGAAGUUGAACAUGCACAGAAACAGAUACCAAGGAAUAUAUCCGUAUGAUGAUACGCGGGUUGUAGUACGAGGAGGAGACACAGACUAUAUCAAUGCAAGCUAUAUAGACGGUUUCAGGAAACGAAAUGCAUAUAUAGCUGCUUUGGGUAAUAUGAUGCACUAA